GCGGCCGCGCGCUCGUAGCGGCGGGAACCGGAGCGGCACCGGGUCGUCGGGGGGGAGCGGGCGCUCCUGGGCCGCCGCGCCCUCAUGGAGGCUUUUCCCGGUGGCAAGCUGGAGCAGCAUCGGCACCUCCCGCCCGUGGAGCGCCUGCCGGGCGCCCGCUGCGGCGGCCGGAGUCACAGCGCCUGCGGGAACGUCUUCAACUCCUGGAACGACUACCUGGGGCUGGCCACGCUCAUCACCAAGGCCGUACGCCCCGGCAAGGGCUUCGGCGCCGAGCCGCCCUCGGUGGUGGUGGCGGCGGCGGCCGUGCCGCCGGCCGAGGAGGAGGAGGAGGAAGAGGAGGAGGAAGAGGCGGCGGGGCCGUACUUCGAGGGCGCGCUGGACUUGCACGACCUGGACCUGUGCGGGCAUCACCACCACCACAGCGGGGGCCUGCUGGAGGAGCGCUUCGCCGACUUCAGCCCCUUCCCCGGGCGCGGCGGCCCCGCCGCCGUUGUCUUCGACUGCUCGGGGGAGCACCCGGGCCGGGAGGGCUCGCCCCACGCGUGGGGCGGCGUGGUGGUGGCGGGGCGGCUGCCGGCCCACCCGCGGGCCGCCUCCCGCCUGCUCAAACCCGAGCUGCAGGUCUGCGUCUUCUGCCGGAACAACAAGGAGGCGGUGGCCCUCUACACCACCCACAUCCUCAAGGGACCCGACGGCCGCGUCCUCUGCCCGGUGCUGCGGCGCUACACCUGCCCCCUCUGCGGCGCCAGCGGCGACAAUGCCCACACCAUCAAGUACUGCCCUCUCUCCAAAAUGCAGGCGGCCAAACAGCUCAAACACGCCCGGACCGCCCUGGGGAAGAAGGGCCGUUAGGCACCGGGACCCCGCCGGCGGCCCCGCGUCCUCCCGCCCGCCUUUGGGGGCUUCUUUUGGGUUGUUGCUUUAUUUUUUAUUUUUUUUUUUGUCUUUAAGGCGGAUGGUGGGUUUGACCUCUCCUACGUUGAUGCGUUAGAGGCGGGGGCCGGCGGGCGGGGGCGCCGGGCCGGGGUCGCGGUGCCCGGUGCGCGCUGGCUCGCGCGGAGCCCGGCGCCGGCCCGCGGGACUUGCGCGGCUUAGAUGCACUGUAUUUGUUUAUUGUAAGAAAAAAUAUAUAUGUGGUUUUUACGGAAACGGAUUUACGGCGAGAUCUGGCUGGGGCGGGGGGGGAGGGGGGUGGCGGGUUAAAGCAAGCAGCGGCCAGAGAGCGGGGCUGGGGGUCCCCCGAUGCUUACAGCCGGGCCCGGUUCUGUCUCCACCACGGGGCCAUGUCCCCAACCGCUGCGCACCAUCGGGGCUGUCCAGCUGGGUUGUUUAGCCUGGUGCCGCACCGUGGAGGCCAGGUGGGAGAGCUGAGUCUUAACUCUUAAUAGCAGGGUGUUUAGUUAGGGUGCAACACUCUGUUUUGGGUCUUAAAGUAAACAUCUAAGCAAUUUCCUUUGUUGAUCUUAAAACCAUGAUCAGACCCGUGCUCAGUUACUCACUUGAUAAUUAACACCUCAGCCGCAAAAUUGCCAUGUCCUGCCUGGCACGAUGGGAGAGCAGCACCCCAUGGUCACCCCUGAACUGUCCCACUAGCAAGGGUGGAUGGCCCUGGUCUUGCAGGUCCCUGUGUCCGAUACACAGCUUUAGGAAAGGUCUGAGAGGAGAAAGCAUCAAAGUGCUUGUUUGAAAAUGUUAUGACUCUGGGCUGGGUGCAAACUGAGCCCUUUCAGCAGGGAGAACAGCAGUAGGUAUGGCAGAGAAUAAGUAUUGAUGUAGCUUGUGUUUGUGGUGGAGAAUAGGGGGGUGAUGGGAAGCCUUUGGAGAGAAUAGACCUGGACAAAGCAGAAAGCUGUGACCGUAGCAGAACGGUGGAAGGAGAGGUGAUGUAUUUUCAAGAGUUGAGAGAAUAUGGCUUUAACUCAUUGCGAGGUGGGAGGGAUCUACCUACCCAUGUGGUUAACAAAUACCCUUAACACUACAUAGACUGUACACAAUACAGGGCUGAUGCAGGACCCUUGGCAAUGGCAGUUCCUUUGUGCCGACUAUCAGACAGGUUAUGUUCCUUCUAAUACUCAAGAAAUUAGAAAUGGCUUUUACUGUGACUUGGAGGCAAGACAGUAGGAGCAGCAGCAGGCUGGUAGUUUGCUUAGAAGUCCUGCAGAGCUGAAGGGCAGGAGCCCAAAGUCUCAGUGCGGAGAGGGUUAUGCUAUAGAUGGCUUUACUGACACCGGGGACAUGUAGGGGUGCUCGGUCUGCAAGGGUGGCCCUGCCAAAAGCAGGGAGGUGAUGAGAGCCCUGUGCAGGAACUGCAGGGACAUCACUGGGCAGAUAAGAAAGAAAGGAAAAGGGAGCUCAGCAAGUAAGGGGUGACACAGGUUUGAGUGGAUUCCUUUUGAUAAGCUGCCCAGAAGGGUGGGGGAUGCAGGCAGGAGAAGGGGGAGAGUGGGACAGUUAAGAAUGGACCCAAAACACAGGUGAGGUGGGCUGGGAAGGAGAGCCUGGGGUUCAUUAUUUAUCACUGCUGUUGACUCACAGCUGCAGCAAUUAGGAGGGAGAAACUGAUUUUGUGUGGAAAUAUUCUCUUAAAUCUUCAUCAAAUGCCUCCAAAGAUGGUGUCAGGUCUAAUUACCAAAUGCAGUGGGGCUUGCAGCUGCCCUCUCCUUGUGCUAAGUAUCUGUUGUGUAUUGUCUCAUUCUGUGGGGCUUGCACCACGGGCUCUUCUGAGCUGUUAGAAGUUAGGUGUGUUUGGUUUUGUGAUGCCUGGUCCCCAUAUGCUGAAUCUGUAUCCACCACACACUGGAGUGAAGCAAAAGUGUGAUGCUGUGGGAAGAGUUUUCCUCUGUACUUUUGUUACCUCCUUGUGGGAAGUUUGAGGAUCGGUACAUACAUUUUAAUGCAGUUGACUGUUACUGGACACAAAAGCAAGAAAGAUCUAAGAAAAGCUUUCUUGAGUGUUUUCUGAGGGGUAAUUCUGGCAGGGCUGGAUCCGAGGUGCUCCUCGCAGCGUUUGCUGUGUACCCACCUCGCCUCUGGUCUGUACAUUAAGCUACUGUAUAGCAAGAGCCCUAUUGCAAUGCUUGGAAAUUCAUCAAGAUGCCGGAAGAUCCCCUGCCUUGGAUGGUGCUGGCCUUCUGCGGUGCUUCUUUCUUCCCUCUGCCUGUGUAAGAGGAAAACUCUUGCACCAAUGGCGUCCACUGCUGCCUGUCACUCAUGGUUCCUCUCUCGUCCUACACGCAUGCUGGCAGCCUUGCUGUGGAAAGGCCAAGAGCUGCCCAUCGUUGCCACUACUCGGCCUUAGACAUCUGGUCAAAGCCUUAACAGGUAAGACAGUAGAGUAACAGCUUCAAAA